AUGACGGCCUCGACCAUCGUCCGAGGCGCACAGUUGCCUUCGGAGAUGUUUGACCGCCACUCUGAGUCCGUUGCGAUGCGGACCUGUGACUCGAACUGGUACAUCAUGCGGAAAUACGACUUGAUGGUUCGUUCUUUGUGGUGGUCGGGAUUCAAGGUCUCGAAGAUAAAGGGUGUCGGACCCUUCGACCAGUCAGUCGAUCAUGGCUCACGUCUCGGCUGCCCUCAACGUGCCCUCGAAGUGGGCUGAGCUCGCGGCCGAGCAACAGUCAUCGUAGGCCCGGGCGAUGGAGCGCCCGGUGGACGAUCUCACCCAGGCGCGUGGCCGCAUUCAAGCCAUGGAGGCCGCAACGCUGGGGGACGAGGAUUGGAAGCCGAUUCUUCCUCUCCUCAAACCUGUAGUGGUGCGCCUGCAGCGGUAG